CAAAUCAAAUGGCAUCAAGGUUAUACAGUAGAUGAUACAUUCUUUUAUAACUCACAACAGGACGUCAGUCUGCAAGGCUUCACGUCACGAAUGUAACAUGAGCGCGGAGUUGCGAAAAUCUGCUGGCUCAGACAUCAAGCGACUGCAGGAGAUGGUGAAACGGCUUGAAGAACAAAAUGCGCAACUAAAGAGCACGGAUAGUCGGCGUGUCCCCUCGAACAGAAUCAACGACGAUAACAUGGUCAAAGUCAAGUUAAAUUUGGAUGAUGUCCCAUUAUUGGACUUGAACGCUAUGGUAGAGGAAGAUGAGGAUACAUGGUGGGUAACUUUGGUGAUUUUCGCUUUCUUUACUCUAGGUGGCUUCUCAAACAAUUUCAUUAUCACUUACCCUUGGACUAAUCCAAGCUUAGUUAGCUCCUUUGAAAUGUUUUUUCAGUAAACAGUACGAGUGCAUUACUUCUCAAGUGAGCGGCUUUUCUGUUUCAAUCUGUCAUAAUAGUUGUAGAGUUUUUCUUCAGUCAUAAUCACAUGUUCGGGUAAGCACAGAUGGUUUUAAUAGAUGAAGACGUCAUAUUCGAUCAAACAACCAAAUCUAUCGUAAUUUGUAAUACCUGUACAUUAUUCAACUCAACGUGGAAUCUACGUGUGUUUGUUUUACAUGAUUAAAAAGUAAGAUGUUUAUGGUGUCGUCAUUUUGGCGUCUGUCCUCAAAAGAUCAUAAGUAAGAACCAAUCAAAAUGCAAGAAUAAUUAAGCUUAUUAUACAAUUAAAACUUGUACCAUACAUGAACACUUGUAUGGUUGCAGGAAGUGUAAAUCUCAGAAACCCUACAUUGUUUUGUUUUGUGUUUGGUUUUGUAUUUUUGUUUUAUACCCGAUUAGGUUAUAUGUGUCUCCAAGCCAUCCACCCUCUGUGGAGCAGAAGAGAGUAAGUCCUUUUAAGUAUCUGAAGGACAACUUGGAUGUACCUGAACUCAAUAAAGUAAGAGGCUCUCUUUUGGCAAAAUUGGAGUCUAUUGCAGCACAGGAAGGUAUUGGUUCUAAUACAGUUUAAAUCAAUAAUAAGUGAUAAUUAUACAUGUCAUUCCUCUUUAUAUUUGAGAAAUCAUUCUUAAACAGUACAUUCAGAAUUUGUCCCAAAUAAUAUCAAUGUGAUAUCAAGAAGACAAGUGCUGAGAAUUUUAAAAAAUAUAAACUUUUGGAUUUUUAAAUUCUCUGAAGUAGCAUAACAAUUGUGUGGCAGACAGAAAGGAGAAUUACUAUAGAGGUCUUGAGAGUGAAAGGGUUCAUCUUCUUGUAUCAUUUAAAUGACAUUGGUUGUGUAUAACACAUAUGGACUCAGGUGUAACUUUUCUUGAGUGUUCUAACCAAUUGAUGAUAUUCAAAUACAUGUACAUUGAAACCAAUUGCAUCAAAGUCUCCACUAGCAUAUACAAGGAAAUGUGACAAAUUGUCAAAAACAUUUUGAAUGUUACAUAUUUACAUCUACAACAAUAUUGAAUGUGAGAACUGCCAGAUAUGUGUUUCACCUAGAUCAUUGUGUGAGGUACUUAAUACAAUACAAGUACAUGUGCUUUGUAUCCAUGGUUUGUGUGGUUUGUUUUACAGAGGCAUUGUCUAGAUCUCCCCCACAUACCAGUGUAGACUCCCAUCACAAUUCAGUGCAGCAACAACCUGUUCAUGAUGACAGUAUGUUCUUUUAAUAACUAUUGUUUUACUGUUACUUGGUUGUGCAAUUUGAGGUGUAGAUUUUAUUUAAGGGUGCAUUCCUUUGGGAUGAUCCAGAUCAGGAUUUCUGAUCUGUGGCAUUUGUUUGAUGCAAAUCCCUUUUUAGAUCAUUGAUCCAUUGAAUCCACUCUGGAAUUCAUCAGAUCAGUGAUUUGGAUGAUCUCAAACUGGUCAUUGGAUCACUGAUCUGCUACAUUCCAUUGGCAUGUCACUCAGCAUUGUGGUUUUUGCUUAGAGCAUCACAAGUACACUAUAUAUGAAAGCAAAUUUGUCAUUGUUCCCAUUCUCUGGGUGUACUCAAUUUUAUUGAAGUAAGUAGUUGUAAUUUAGCCCUGUUUCUGCCUGUGUUGGCUAAAAUUGAAAAAAAAAAACUUUGUUUGGUAAUCAAAGCUGGGUAUAAUUUGUUUGUUUGUUGCAGCAAUGUCUUGCUUUUCUAACUUACAUUCAGACUAGUCAUUGAAUAAAAUCUCUUUGGAAUUCAGUCCAUGCAUUCUAUAGCUCACAUAUUUAAUGAUAAAAAACACCCUAAGAACUGAUUUGUGUCAUUCUUGAUGUAUAAAUAAAUUACUACAGGGCAGCUGAGUGAUGAUAGUGACAAUGAUGAUGAACAUGUUCAAGUAAAACCAAGGAGACGUGUUCCUAUGGCAACUGCAAACCAGGAUGAUUCUGACUUGACUGUACGAGGUUUGUUCUGUAACAUUGUGAUGCAGUUGAGCAAUUUGAUGUUUGUUACUCAGUGAUCUAACAUAUACACCAUUCUGUUGAUUGUUUGUUUUUAAGAGGACUUUUUGCCUUGUAGUUCAAUUUUAAUUGUAGUUCAGAUUUUUUUCCACUGAAAUUUUAGCUCUAAAGUUUUGUUUGUUUGUUUUUUUUUUCCUAUUUAAUACUCAGUGCAAGACACUCAAUUUGAUAAACCAAUUCAAUCAUUAAACCGAUUCAUGAUGCAAUUUGUUUGUAUAAUUUAACAAUCAGAUUAAAAGAACACUUUAUCAGUUUGGUUGACAAUAAUUCCCUUUACAUUUAUGAUAGGCCCUGUGAGAAGAAGGGGAACACCAUCAACAGGUAUUGAAAACCAAUUGUUUCUAUCAAGUUAUGAUUAGAAUAAAAAUUUCUGAUUUAAUAGUGGUACAUGAUUUAUGUGUUUAAAUCAUACUUUGGCUGAAGUGAGGGAUGCUAACUUUGGCUCUUACUUCUCCUUCAGCCCUUAUGGCUGAAUCUUCACACAACAAUAAAACGUUGUUUUCCAUUAGCACAUACUGUACACAAAUAAAUAACUAGAUGGAGAAAUGACUGCCCUUACAUAUGCACUUAUUACAGUGUAGUUGAUUAUUAAAAGAUUUUUAUUGUGGUAUUUGUAGAUACAUAUUGAUGUAUCUAGAUUGGUUAUGCAGCAAUGAUAAAUCUUGCAUUCUUAAUUCAAUUGGCAUACUCUAUGUGUGUUCAUAUGCUUUAUUGAGUGGAACAGGAGGUAAGGGUUAUUGAAAACACACAAUACAGGGAAGGUAUGCGAAUGUCAAAGGAAGCCAGUGUAUAAUCCGUUUCAACAGAAAUAUCUGAAAGUGCAGACUAAUGGGAAGGAUGAAAACUCAGGAAUCUAUAUGAACUGGGUUUAAAUAGAAAUUCGUCAAAUCCCCUUUCCAUUGCUUCCCAUGUGAUCCAAUAGGUGGACUGAAGGGAGACCUCAGUUAAUUCUAAAUUUGUGAAUUAAUGUUCAACUUAAUUAUUGUUAAGGUGUGUCUCAGACCUCAAGGCCCAUUAAUAAUGAUAGUGACAGUGAUGAUGACAGUCCACCAAGCAGACCUCAGAGACGUGUUCCAGCAUUUCACUCCUCAAGCCAGGAGGAUUCUAGUCUGGUGGUAAAAGGUAACCAACAAUACCUUUACACUAUGUUUCUAAUGAAGACUACUGUUACAUUAUGUACUGUGUGGUGUGAAAUGCCUUACGUUACAGCCUGGUUUCAAAGAAUAAAAUAGUUUUGGUUACCCUUCAUCUUAAACACUUGCAGUUGUGUAGAGUUCUUUUCCUCAUCCCUUUGUUUCCCAGCAAUAUUCUUAUUGAUAUUUCUACAACUUCUGUUUUACAAGUUGUGUGCAACGCUCUUGAAAGAAGGGAGGGUUUUGAAUUUGGCCUUCAGGAAUGAUGCAGGUGUCAAAAUGAAAGAACAUUAAAGAAUGUAGCUUUUCUUUCAACUGGGAAACAAAUUUUGCAAAGAACAAUUUUCCUUAAUGUUUUGAUUUCACAGAGAUGUGAAUUCCCAGAACUCAACUCAGAUAGGAGGAAGUUAUUAAAAAGUGCUGUCUGCUGGUUAAAAGCUGUUAAUUUUUAGGAAAGGAGCCAGGCAAUCAAGCAGUGUUCCAAAAUGGUGGCACCUGUUUUUGCAGUUUAAGCACAAUUGCAGCCAAUUUUCAAAAUUUUAGGUUCUUUUAUAAGAGGUGAAAUUAUGAAUUGUUUCUGAUGCAUGCUCUUCUUUCAAAUGUGAUUCAAACUUGAUGUUAUGUAUGACUCAGGUCCACUGAAAAGAAGAGGACCAUCACCCCAACCAAGAACAUCCUUAGGUGAGUUAUACUGCAGUGCUCACUUCACAAAAUUAGUGUUAGUUACAGAGGUAACUUAGCAUGUGUGUUGGUUUAAGAAGUCAAUGACUGUUUUACAGGAUAGAUCAAGUUAAGAAGUCAGUUAUUUGUUUCAUAAUUAAAUUAAUUGUUUCGCUGUCAAGAUGGAACUUCAUUACAAAGUGAUGACAUGGGUGAUGAUGAUGGCAUUGUUCCACAAAGGCGUGCUCAAGUAUCUCAAGAUCAGGAAGACUUAGUAGUGAAAGGUGAGGAUGAUAUUAUAUAAUGAUGACCAGUGAUUAUGGACAACAGAGAAAAUGUAUUUUAAAUCAUAUAAUGCAUUCUAAAUCCUUCCAAGAUUUGGUUUAGAAUGCCUUUGCCUAGCCUCUGUUGUUUGAGUGUGUCUUGUGAUUGUUUUAUGCAAGUGAACAAAAGACUUCAGCCAAAUUAGCUGGCAAUUAGCAGGUAAAGUAAACUGCAUUGACCAGAAACUUCAAAUGUAGCAGGGUUGAGUCUUCCUGUAAAAACAAUUCUAUGCUUAUAAAAUUUUUCUUUUCCAUAUGAUAUCCCACCCCUUCAUAUUACCCAUCACUCAACCUUUCUAUAGAAAUUUCUAUCUCUUCUUUACCAUUCUCUUUGAAAAUUAAUUUAAUGUGGUGGCUAAAGGUUUCAUGGAAAAAUAUUUAGCUCAGUCUUUCCAAAAAAAAACCUGUAUUGUGGGUUUAUUUGGUUUAGAGCCUAUUAACCUUCAAACCUUAGGAGCUCUACAGAAAACUAACAUUGUUUACUUCUAUGUAUGAUUACAAUUUGAGAAAAACAUAUGGCAUCGUAUCAGUCAAAUUACACACAUAUCCAGAUGAAAACUAAGAUACUUUUGCGUCCACUGAGUUUUUAAAGUUCAAACUAUUAAUUCAAAGUACAGUAACCAAUGUAAUUGUAGCAAAAUCCCAAAUUCGAAGACAUGAUUGUUUUUGGAAAGAUCCCUUUUCACAUAUGUUGAAAACCAGACAUGUCACACCUUAAUUGUGCUCACAUUUUCUGCUUGUGAAACAUUUAAUUUUGAUUAAAAUUUUAGGGCCAUUAAGGAGAAGAGGAGCUCCUGCACAAGCAAGACAACCAGUAGCAGCAGGUAAGAUACACAAGUAUAGAUAAAACUAGGAAAAAAAACAAGAUCUCUAAUUUUGAAACUUGUGCAGAGAAAAAUAUAGCUUCUCAGCAAUCUGGUUGAACAUUUUCAGUAGCCCUGCUUAACAUGUGCAUGAAAAAAUCUGAUUUUUGUAGUUGUUAUCCAUGAUGCAUUUUUAAAUUUAGAGUAGGGAGGUGUACAGCACAAAGAAUAUCAUUUGUUUAUAUUUUUAUUUGUGGUAGGUCCAUUGAGAAGGAGAGGUGAAUCCCCACAGCCCAGAGCUUCAUUGGGUGAGUUAAGAGAGUGUGAGAUUACUAACUUUGAUAGAGAGGUCCUGAAAUGUCAGCGUAUAUGAUUUGGGGUGAAAUGAUAGAAUCAAGACAUUUCACUUCAAUUUACUGUUUAAUAUAGCAAACACAUGUCUCUUCAAAUUGGCAGUGCACAGCCAAAACAUCUGUUUUGAUGAUAUCAUUGAAGAGUAAGUGACUAUGUGAAAUUGUCACAUUUGGUAACUUAUGUUGAUGGACUGCAACAUCACCAAUUAACUUUUAUCAUUCCGACUAUUCCAACAAAUAAGAUACUGCUUCACUGCAAAUUGAUGACAAUGAUACUGGAGGUGUAGUUCCACAGAGACGAGGCCAAGUAUCACAAGAUAAAGAAGACUUAGUGGUAAAAGGUCAGUACUUGUAGUAAAAUUGUGAGGGUCUAUUGGAAAUUAUAUUUUAAUAGUGUUUAAAGCCUAGCCUAACUUUUGAAUUCAGUUUAUGAUUCAAGUAAGUAGUGGAACUUAAAAAAUUCACUGUACAAAGACAGUUUUGUUUUCUUGCCACAAACAUUGUUGUGAUCAUUCACAAUAUCACUGCUUAUUGUAUCAGUAAUCAUUUUAGACAGCGUCUAAUGUGGUAUUUCAAUGAUUCUGUUGGCCUUUUAAUUUUAGUAACAACCUUUUAGCUGUGUUGUAUUGUGUUCCUUUUUUUUGGUGAUCUACACCUAUCAAUAGCUAAUGUUUUGAAUACUAUUUUUUGUACAGGAUUAGUGCGGAGAAGAGGUGCACCUCCACAGGCCAAACAACCAAUGGCAACAGGUAAGUUGUCAAACUUUCCCUGUCAAAGUUGAAUCUGAACACACAAUGAUCUUUAAGGGAGUAAUUAAUAAGGGUUUUUUUUUUUUUAAUUUGGCUAUGUAGGAGCAAUCCAAACAUAUAUGCAAGCUGAUAGUGAUGAGGAAUAUGUUCAACCCAGGAGACGUGUUCCAGCAACCAACAGUCAUCAUCAAGAUGAUUACAAUAGUUAGUAUUCAAUUAUGUCUUGUCAUAUAUGCAGUUGAGAACGGUUUUUGUUUCUAUCUGCAUGUUUCAUUUGUUUUUUUUGAAAAUAGUAUGGUAUAUGAAACACCCAAUUAUUGGUUGACAAGUUGUUACCAUUGUGUAACCUAUUAGGUCACCAAAGCAAUGCUGCAUCCCCUUGAAAACACCCUUAAUUUUGGCUUUGUGCCUGUAACCCCUUUUAAUCGUUGUAUUGCAAUCAGCAUAAUUAUAGUUUCAUCAUAAUGCUAAAUUAGAAAAGCUGUGAAGUAGGCUCAGAACCAACUGAAUUUUUUCUGAUACUGUAUGGUGGCUCCUAACCUACUCUACAAACAAAGCAAGCAAGUGAAUUUAAUGGCAUUUUUAAAGUAACUAUUCACAUUUCAGGAAUAUGAACGACAAAAUAGUUGAACUUCAUUUCGUGCAAUCCUUCGUGUGAUUUUAGAUCAAAAAGUACCAAUACCGUUCAGGUACCAUUAAUUACUUGUGUUUGAGUCGUCAGUCAGGGUUUGUUCUCAAUUUGUCACCAGAUUCUUGGCAGAGAGAAGACAUGAGACCAGACGAUGAUGUUCCCAUAGUAACAGCAGGUAUAAACAGCUCGACACAAAUCAAGAGGGAGUUCAUUUGUGAAUUCCUUGGUGAAACUUUUUUUUUUAAGAGCUCGCUCUUUGCUGAGCCUUCCGACGAACGUUUAGCACUAGUCUACAUUAAUCCAGAUGUGAUUGUCAUGACAACUGAAGAUCAGGGCUCAGUUGUUCGAAGGCCGAUUAGCGCCAACCCAGGGUUAAAUCUUAAACCAGGUUUCCUUAUUUCUCUAUUCAAGUGCCUUUUUCAGAAUAUUUCUUUAUUCUUUUAGAGCAUAUAAUAAUCAAAUCGAGACAAAAAGAAUUAAAACUUGAAAUCAAAUUUCACAUUAACCCUGGGUUAUCUUAACCCAACUUUGAACAAUCCGGCCCAGUGUUGUUGGAUGUUGCAUUCAUUCCCCGCAAGUUCAUUCAGGGUGGCAAGUGGUGUAAUUUUAACUUCAAUAGGUAAGAUAUCUUUAGUCGUUUCUUAUUAUGAUUUGCUUCUCCCCUUCUCAAGUGAGAAGACGUGAACCAAAUCAGGUCAGGAGACGUGAGCCAUCAGCCCGAUCACGGGUAGCGGAGGAUGUUGAAGUACGCAGGCGCAGUUUACCUCAAACUCCGACUCAGACAAGACCUGUUCCAGGCCAGGUUACUGCCAUUAGGCGACCAAACACACCUCCACACUCACCGUCACCAAGGAAACCGGUUACACCCAGAGCUGGUCAGCUAGCAGCACCGAGGUAUCAAAAAAUGUGCUCCUCCAAUACUCUACUUCACAUUUCUCCACAAGUUAUAAGCAAAAGAUGGUGUGCUUGUUUGCCUAAGUUUGUCUAGCCUCUUAUAUCAUAUAUCUAUCAUAUCUAUCUCUUUCUGAUUUACUUGUUGUGUUUUUUUUCUUUUGUUUUUCAAGGAGAAUUCCAACGCCUCGUGGAGUGAGCCCAGCGAGAUCCAAUGAUGGCGAGAGUUGGAGCGAAGGCUUUUACUAGCCACACCUUCCAGGAACGUUCCGGGUCACUUUCUCCGUUAGUUUGUUUGCUGCGGACUUAUGCCAUUUUAAGUUCUGGUGAAGAAGAAACUUUAUUUUGUUUUGACAAAGUUUUUAUUGCUUUAAGGUUUAAGGGCAACUAAGGGUGAUAAUGUCUGUGGUUGGUAUUUCUGUUUCUGUUGCUCUUUUUUCUGACAUUUUUAAGAUUACACAUUAGAUGCUAAGUGUUUUGAUAGAGGCGCAUAAAGGCCCCAUGUAGUGGAUGUAAUGACCACAGUGAAACUACGAUGAUGGAGUUAUUGCCGUGAAUGGCAAUUUGGUUUCGUUUGGUUUUAUUUUACUUGCGAGGAAUGAGCUGGGCACGUUGAAAACUUGAUGUUUUUUGUUUUUCCUAUGAAAGGUAGGUUACAAACACUCCAUUUGGUUUUCUGUCAAACCCAGUGACCAUUGUAGGGUUAUUUUGUAAAAUUUGUACAGAUUUCAUAGUUAUUGGUGCAGCUGUCGUGUCGCGCUUGUCCACGCAGGUAGUCAAUCAAGUCCCGUUUUUUUCCUGUACAUGAAUGGGAAAAGGAUUUGCGUUGCACUGAAUAAUAUUGAAUGGACAUCCACUUGAUAGAGUAUAGGAAAGAAGUGUGGUGGUUUGACGCCCGUCUAUCACACAUCAAGGCCAGUCAAGUCUUAAUUUGUGGCAACAGAACUUCGAUUACCGUUGUUAUUUGUUUCAUAAGAAACCCAAGCUGUUGGAAAAAAUAGGAACAAAAUAGUGCAUGGACGCAAUUAAAUAAAUGUUUUAUUAUAUCUCUCAGUUAGUACGUGCGCUAUGAUUGGUCAAUUAAGCGUGCCGCUAAAUUCAAAAGCGACCCGCCAAAUUUAAAGUUUUUUUGAAUUAACAUCAUCCUCUUGAACGGAGAGAUAUAAUAAAUAUUUUAUUUACCGCGUUUUCUUGGUCCAUAGUGUAAGUAACC